UGACUUGAAAAAAGUGGAGAAGAAAAGGGCAACCCAUAAUACAUGGAGCAGUGCGAUUCCUUAGCGAUUUAAAACGAAGUCCCUCUCAAUGGUUAGUGAUACUCAUGUAGAAUCUCAUGAGUACAGCAUCAAAACUUGUUUUCAUCAAGGAUACAACUGAAAAGGAUGUCAAUGAGGCCUCGGAACAGAGACGUUUGCGCUGAUUGCAGCGCUCCUGGACCAACAUGGGCAUCUGUGAACCGUGGUGUCCUCAUCUGUGAUGAGUGCUGCAGUAUCCACCGGGGCCUGGGCAGGCACAGCUCCCAGGUCCGACACCUCACACACACGUCAUGGCCGCAGUCCCAGCUGCAGAUGGUUCAGACAUUGUACAACAAUGGGGCGAAUUCCAUUUGGGAGCAUAGUCUUUUGGAUCCCUCCUCUGUGAUGACUGGGAAACGCAAAGCCAAUCCUCAAGACAAAGUACACCCCAACAAAACAGAAUUCAUUAAGGCAAAAUAUCAGAUGCUGGCAUUUGUGCACCGGAUGCCCUGUCGUGAGGAUGACAGCGUCACAGCAAAAGACUUGAGCAAGCAACUUCACUCCAGUGUGAGGACAGGCAAUCUGGAGACUUGCCUACGACUGCUGUCUUUGGGAGCACAGGCCAACUUCUUUCAUCCUGAGAAAGGGAACACUCCUCUGCAUGUUGCUGCCAAAGCGGGCCAGCUCUCUCAGGCUGAGCUCUUGGCCGUGUACGGGGCCGACCCAGGUGCCCCUGAUGCCAAUGGGCUCUCACCCAUCGACUAUGCCAGGCAAGCUGGUCACCAUGAUCUUGCUGAUAGAUUGGUCGAGAUCCAGUUUGAGCUCACAGACAGGCUGGCGUUCUAUCUGUGUGGAAGGAAACCAGAUCAUAAAAAUGGACAGCAUUUCAUCAUUCCACAGAUAGCUGACAGUGGUCUGGAUUUGUCCGAAUUGGCAAAAGCGGCAAAGAAGAAGUUGCAGUCGCUCAGCAACCACCAGUUUGAGGAGUUAGCCAUGGACGUCUAUGAUGAAGUGGACAGAAGAGAAACUGAUGCUGUAUGGCUGGCCACGCAGAAUCACAGCACCCUGGUGACGGAAACCACUGUGGUCCCUUUCCUUCCCGUGAACCCUGAGUACUCUUCCACCAGAAAUCAGGGUCGUCAGAAACUGGCUCGAUUCAAUGCUCAUGAGUUCGCCACGCUGGUCAUCGAUAUUUUAACUGAUGCCAAACGUCGCCAACAAGGGACUUCUUGUGAGAAUGCCAACGAAAACGUGGAGCUUAUCCUGAAGGGCAUUGACAACCGGCACGGGAGAGAGAGUCAGGACGUGGAUCAGCCGGAUUACGAUAGCGUGGCGUCUGACGAGGACACAGAGAGGGAGCCGGCUUCUGGGAAAGAGGAACGGACUAAGAGCUCUGAGUCGUCUGAUCUGUCGGAUGGGCCGAUCACGGUCCAGGAGUUUAUGGAGGUCAAGAGUGCUCUCAACGCCUCGGAGGUGAAGAUCCAGCAGCUGCUGAAGGUGAACUGCCACCUGAGUGAAGAGUUGAGGACGAUGCAGAACAAGCUGAGCUACCUGCAGAAUGAGAACUGCACCCUGAAGUGGCAGGGCCCCACGAACUCCACUGCGCCUCCAGAUCCCGUUCGCCGCCCGGCUGUGCGUGGAGGCCGGGCCAUGUCCAUGUAUGAGACCGGGUCGGGUCUGAAGCAGUACCAUCCCCGCAGCGAGGCGCCUCGUCCAGAUGGGAGCACCCUCAACCUGCAACCUCUGCCCCAAGAGAUGGGGAAGGGUCCUUCCGUGACAGCCUCCUCCUCCCUUCCCAGCUUCCCCUCAUCCUUGUCCUGGCCUGGGGAUGAGAGAGUGCACAGGGGCUCCAGUUUCAUAGAGGGCCAGUGCAGUGUACCGGAGAGUGACUAUGACAACGCGCACAACCACUUGGAGCCAGAGGAAUACGGUUCGGGCCAGGGCAGUGUUGGUGGGGUGGCCUGGAUGAGUGAGGGGGCGAUCCCAGAGUCGGACCCCCAGGAGCCGGAGGGCGAGCCCGACCCAACUCUCCCGUGCACGGAGGACGUGAUCAGCAAGACGGAGCAGAUCACCAAGAACAUCCAGGAGCUGCUGCGGGCCGCUCAAGAGAACAAGCAUGAGAGUUUUGUACCCUGCUCAGAAAGAAUUCAUGUGGCUGUAAAUGAGAUGGCGGCUCUGUUUCCGAAGCGGCCCAGCUCGGAGACGGUCCAUGGCUCCCUGCGCCUGCUCACCUCCAGCGCCAGCCGUCUCCAGGGGGAGUGUCACCGGGCGACGCCCCCCAACACCCACCACGGCGAUGCCCAGCUGCUCACCCAGCAGGUCAUUCAGUGCGCCUAUGACAUCGCCAAGGCUGCCAAGCAACUCGUCACCAUAACAACCAAAGAGAGCAACUGACUCUGCGCCCUCUCUCUCUCUCCUCCCACCUUACCCACCUGAAAUUGACAUUUGUGUCUGUGAGAUAACAUGAGUUUUUUGCCACUAAUUGUGUUAUUAUUUUUUUUAUUAUAUGUCAGUAUUAUCACAUGUAUGCCAUUAUUUUUUUCUAAAGGAACCGGACUUAUUAUAUAUUUCUAAUAUAGUUGUAAUGGCGUUACGCCCAUAUAUGCUUUCUAAUAAUGUGUGUGUGUAUGUCUGUGUGUGCGUGUAUGUGUAUGCGUGCGUGUGUGUGUGUGUGUGUGUGGGCUGUAAGUGAUGCUCUGAGUGUGUGUGGGCUCAGAUAUGUUUUGUCAGCCAAAAGCAUCAUGCGUAUCGUAAGUGAAACAAGCCUCUCUCGCAUCUCUCCCUGAGCACUGUGGUCCCUGAUCCCAAAUUCUGAUCCUCUCUCUCAUAUCGGUUUUUGGUCUUCGGUUAGGGUCUACGCCUGGUCUCCGACCCUUUAAUUUUCCGCCUGCAGUGAAAGGGCUUAAGGUCGCUACGCCGAACUCCCUUCAGUAUUACGCCUGUUAUACCUCAUUCAUUUGGCCCAUAAACAGUGUCCUCAACUGGACCUCCGCUUGUUUCCUAUGGAGAAACCCCCAAGUGCUCCCAAUAACCCCGUUUAUCUGAAUGUUUUUUUAAAAUUUUUUUUAAAUUUUUUUUUUAAAUGUACUUGAGAGUUCAGACAAACUAAUGUGAGGACUUGUACGGUUUAAGUAUUUGUGUUCUUAUCCUAUGCGCUCUGUUUCUGGACAAACGCUAACGUGGGCCCCUGUGUGCUCAGUGCUGUCAGUUUGGUUCAUGCCCUGUGUGUCAGGGAUCGAAGAGACUGAACCCAGUUUAUGAUCCGUGGCUGUGCGUAUCUCUUUCUCUCUCAUGACCUUUGUCAGCAUGGGUGUAUUGUGUGUCCGUGUUGUGUUUUGAUUCUCCCUGUGUGGUGUCACGACGGUUAUGGCUUUGUGUUGCGCAGAUCAUGUACAAUGCUGCUAGAUGUUAACUACAUAUGCAACCACUGGGGUGCUGGUGAUUUUAAAAGGCAAACAUGUAACAUCAAACUUAACCAAGGGUGCAAAAAGGCCUUAAGAGCUCCAUCGUAAAGACAGGGAUUGUUACUGAUCGCCACAUGUCCAUAAUGGUGUAGAUUUGCCAGAACACAGUGGGUAUAGGUGAAAGACUUUUCAAGAUGUCUGUAAACUGUUGUACCUAUGUACAUCAGGUUAUAGCUUUAGAGAAAUUGCAGUAUUUUAAUGCAACAUGUUCCUCCUUUGACAGUCAAUUGAGGUCAUUGUGCUAGAGCAAGUAGAGGUUUCACUGCUUUGAGUGAUGGUGUAAACAUGUCGCCACAGAACAAGGAACAAUUAUAGAACACGACCCCUAUUGGCCAAAUACUACCAUUUUUGGCAACUAUUUUAGCAACUGUGAAGUCAGCCAGGCAUUUUUUGAGUCAGAACUCAAGUCUCUGUCCUCUGUCUCCUCAUUUCUACACUAUGUAGACUGGACAUGUAUGGCAGCUCAGUAUGGAGAUGUGCUCAAGUUGCAGCUCUUAAGGGGCCUGAACAGGACCCCAUCCAGGGAUAUCAGAAAUGCAGUCCAUGCAGCUGUGGUAAUGAACAAUAAUAAACAUUAAUAAGCCAUUUAUUUCAAUAAACUUUAAUUUAUAAAUCCUUGACUGCAAUCUCAACAUGUUUAAGCAGUGUAAUAAAGUACAAUGUGGGGAACAGUG